UGUGGCUGAGAGCAGCCACUGCUGACACGACCUGUCAGAUCAGUUCCAACAUGGCAACUCGGUGGGGAAUCUGUAGCACGGGGAAGAUCAGUCACGACUUCACUAUGGCUCUGAAAACUCUUCAUGCUGAAGAACAUCAGGUUGUGGCUGUGGCAGCUCGCAAGUUAGAGGAUGCACAGGAGUUUGCAAAAAAGCACAGCAUCGCCCGAGCAUACGGCAGCUAUGAGGAGCUGGCCAGAGAUCCAGACAUUGAUGUAGUGUAUGUUGGAGUUAUCCACCCUUACCAUCUGAGCACUUGUUUGCUCUUUACAAAUGCCAAGAAGAACAUUCUGUGUGAGAAGCCACUGGCCAUGAACAUCAAGGAGGUUCAGAAGAUCCUUGCCUCUGCCAAGACCAAUGAUGUCUUCCUCAUGGAGGCUGUUUGGACCCGUUUUUUUCCGGCCUCUGUGGAGAUCAGAAGGCUGUUGGCUCAGGGGGAGGUGGGUGAGGUGAAGAUGGUAAAAUCAGAGUUUGCUUGGCCAAUGAUGCACAUACCGAGAGCCGUGCAGAAGGAGCUGGGUGGUGGAGCAUUAUUAGAUGUUGGCAUCUACUGCCUGCAGUUCACAUGCAUGGUGUACAAUGGAGAAAAGCCAGAGUCCAUACAAGCCACGGGGGUCUGCCUGGAGACAGGAGUGGAUGAGACUGUGGUUGUCACUCUGAAGUUCUCCAAGAACAGAAUUGCUGUGUGUACUUGCUCCUUGGGUAUGAAGCUGCCCAAUGAUGCUCUUAUUGUGGGCACAAAGGGCACAAUCAGGGUUCGUCAGCACAUGUGGUGCCCCACAUCAUUAGAGGUAAAUGGGAAGGAGACCCAGUACCCACUGCCAGAACCCUAUUUGCCUCUCAACUUCCUCAACAGCACAGGGCUGCGUUAUGAAGCAGAGGAGGUUCGACAGUGUUUGCUCAAAGGACUGAAGGAGAGUGCAGUUAUGUCUCAUGCCGACUCUCUUCUGCUGGCUGAGCUAGAGGACGAGAUCCGUAGGCAGGUGGGGGUUGUGUACAGCCAGGACUACCAGUAAAUGUUUCCACAUGUACCCAAACUGGGAUUCCCUUGUUGAAUAAAACAAGUUCAUUACUGAGAAUCAGUUGGUAUUCAUGUUCGAUCUGGACUUUGUAUUCACCCUUUUUAGAGGAUUAAUGUAGUCACUCCAGAGGUUUUCACCUGAAUCCUUAAUGUUUAUUUACUGUAGUAACACCUAUAAACCUUUACACAAAAGUGCACCUAAAUUCAUGAUAACUUGGCAUCAAAGAAACAGGCAAAGAUCAAUGCUCAUCUCUUUUAUUGAUGGAAAUCCAGUCUCAUUGGAUAGCUCAGUAACCACUUAAACAUAAAACCCCUCUCCAUUUAGUUGGAUCUUACAAUCAAAAGCAUUUUAGAGACAUGAAGAUAGCUACAGUAGGUCACCAGUGUAGGGAGAGAAACCCAUCACUCACUAGGACAGUGACAGGUGGGGUCACGUGCUCAUUCAUAUCAUCAACUUGGGUGAACCAUGCAUGAUUCACAAAUGCCAACUUACAGUACAUCUGAUCCAAAUGCAAAUAUAUGUAAAGGCUUUAUAACUCAUCUAAUAUACAUAUCAACUAGCUUAAACCCCUCUGAGUGGACUUCCAAAACUAACAUUUCUCCAUAGUCAAACAAAAUUUAAGUAGAAUAAAUGUCCCAUAACAAAACUUAACCAUUAACAGAAGUUUAUACUUGACUUGGUGUUACAUAGAAUGGAACACUGUCUGGAGUAGAAUAGGAAUGCAGCAUUUACAGAUACACUAAAAUACAAUGAAAGCUGGCAUUAACAGAGGACACUUCAUACAGACAGCACUACGCAAAGAUCUGUUUAAGUGGAAUGGUGGAGCCAAGGCUGCGCUGCAGGAGGAGCCUUUUGAUUGACCAUGCCACUUUGUUCAUUCAGUCAACAGAUGAGUGUGAUUAGUAAACUGUUACAGCACUCAAGGUGCUAACAUCAGUCUGACCCACCACCAACCCCACCUCAACGAGCACCAGUAUGCACAUAGACCAGGAUGCACUCACUCUUCGAUUGCUUCACUUUUAAAUUAUACAAGCGUGAGUGAACAAAUACAGCAGUUUCUGGUCAGGGAGUGUUAAUCUCAGGCCCCGAACACUCAUCUGAUUAAGUGGUGUGAAAGGAAUGGAGGAAAAAGUGGAAUUGUACAGAACAAGCCUCAACUUCCACCCAAAACAGCUCUCUGGCUAUCAAGCUAUACUCUAUUUUAUUUUUCAUUGCCUAAAUUCUAAAUUCAGGAUGUUACAUCUGUGAGCUGGGGGAUAGAUGAGAAGGGCUGUGAGCAGAAGUGGAGUUUGGGGUUGAGAGCUAUGAAAGAUGGAGAGAGAGAGAGAGAGA